AUGGAUGCUCGAAACAACCUACAAAAUCCUUUCGCUCGACCUCUGUCCCAGUCGAGCGCACGCGAUCCACGACAAGCUCCCAUACCUCCUCCUCCCUACACUCUACAAGCGCCUGCACACCGCCUGCAGCCAAGUCUGAACAACGAUCCCUUCCUUCCGCGCAGAAAUGAGCGCGACGAAUCUCGACCAGAGCCGCCAAAGUCGCUGUCACAAGGACCAUUUACUAUCGGCUCGUACGCUGCAGGCUUGCCACGUGACGCGUUGGGUAUGGCGAUGGAGAUACGAGAUAGACCACAGGAGAAUAAUCAUAGUGGGUCGUGGGUGCCACGGGUAGGAGAUGGGAGGGCGGAUAGAUAUAGGCAUCAUGCUAGCGAGGGAUCGAGCUUGCCCCCUCCACCGCCUUCAGCAACCUUCGCUUCGUCUCUACAAGAUCCCUCCACUCAAAGGGACGCUGUUCGUCAGCCAGAGCACCGGACUAGCUCGCCCAGAAUGUAUGGAGCACACGAUAAUCCUCCCCCUCCGCCUCCCCCUCCACCGUUCAGUGGACGCCCCAUGCUUCCACCUUCACCACAAUACAAUGCGCAGGCAUCAAUGUCGCGAGUCCCCCCUCCGCCUCCUCCUUUCUCAGGGGGGCGAGAACUACCGGCUUUAUCCACUACAAAUCGUCCGGGCAGCAGCAUGUCAAUCUCAUCCAUGCUUGGUACCGAUCCUGGACGGUCAACUCGAGAACCUGCCGUGGCUCCGCUCAUGAACGGCACUUCUCCCCCAUUGUCGUAUUCCUCGGCUCAACAAGCUGCGCCUACUCCGUCGCCAACAAGAUCAAGCAACAGCAAUGUUUUUCUGCAUCGAGGCUCCCCAGACAAACACCACGUCUCUCAAGACCCCGGAAAUCGCCCGUUUCGCGCCUAUUCAGGAGGAACCCCCCAGCGAUCCUACGCCACAGUCAAAGCGACUUCACCAGAUGGCGCUAGACAGGGGCCACUGUCUGCAACAGCGACCUCAAAAUACUCCCCCACUUCCGAAAACGGUAUCAUGCAAGAGUGGAGACAACAAAACAGAAAUCCGAUCACGGGGCGACUUCAAAACAGGCCAAAUAGUCAGCCGAAUGGCUAUAGCAUAUUACCCUUCGAGAGUGAUAGAGCAAUGGCAGAGUUGGAAGCACACAGACAAGCACAAGCGAAACAGGAGGAAGACAACAAAGCAAGAGAUGAGGCAUUGCGAUAUGCAAAUCGUGAUCGCGUCUCGUCCUUCGACUAUCUUAGUCGGCAAGAGCAGCUCGAGCGACAACGACGCUUGGAACAGGAAGCUCAAUCUGCGACUCACGGUAGUACCAAGGACGAGCGCAUCAGUGGACUGAAUUAUCCUUUCUUGACUCAGUCUUCCGUCUUCUCAGAACCAAGCGCCAGCGCUCCUCAGCCGGAAGUAGAAUCGUAUGCCAAUCGCCUCGUCAGUGACACACAGUCUAAAUCAAGUACUCCCAAAGGGCCAUAUUCAGAGGAUUCUCUCCGGCGUCUGCGUGAAGAGCGUCAAAGAUUGAAUCAGCAAACCACGAGUUACUCUCCAUCAGCCUCACGACCUCGAUUUCCGGAUACCGUUGAUGAGCGACAAUCGCAAGCGUAUCCACAUAAUGUUAUGCUCUCCACUCCAGCUACAGAUGGCCCUGCUAGCACUGAUGGAACUGGCCGCCAAACCAGGGUUGGAGAAGACGCUGGCCAAAAUCAUAGAAGUAUGCUUUCUAUGAUCGAGAACAAGCGUCUGGGCCGUACCUCGCCCAUUCCUCAAGCUGUUCAAGGGGCACAGGUCCAGAAGCGUGGACCGUCCACCGAUCCGACCAUCAAGAAUGAGUUCUCAAGGAUGUUUGCUGGUCUUGGGACUGGAGUCAGUAGCACAGGCAUGAACAGCGGCGCAUCGACUCCAUUUCCUCCGCCGAGCCCCAAGCCGAGUACAGAACCUGAGCGUAGGCCACCUUUCAAUGGCCGCGGUGAGCUGGUUGAAUUUGCGAGAGCUCGUAAUGGCUCGAAGAUAGGUAAGAGAGCCAGUAAGAAAGUUAAGGACGAUGAUUCAAAGGAGAUCGAGGUCGCCGAUGGGCGGAGCACAACUGGCCCAUCGGGAACAAGGGGCAUCAAGAGGAAAAGUGCUCAUCAUCACCAUCACCAUGAUCAUGAACACGGUCAUCACCAUCAUCAUCACCGCCAAGACGGACUAAAUGGCUCGACAAUGCGCGAUCCCGGCAACUCAGCAACCCCAGUUUCUCAUCACCAUCACCACCAUCACCACCAUCAUCCUGAUGGAACCAUCCACUACCACAACCACUCGAAAGUGCCCACUAUACAACAUAAGACUGCUCCUCGCAUGCCCUCCGCGACUAUCAAAAACGAUGAAAUACUCGACAAGGUCCGCAACCUCCCAAGACAACACCUUGGCUCGAUCCUCUACUCUCCAACCAUUGAACCCCCCACUUCAAUGGUGUCUCUCGAUUCCAAACUCAUGUACACAUCCUCGCCUUUUACCAUCCCGCGCUGCGACGGCAAGGAAAACUGCACCAUGACAAUCCGUAUUCCCCGGUUCUACCUGUCCAAAGAGGAACGGGAGCAGGUCUGCCUCCGCCGCGCUGUCUGGGGUACCGACGUAUAUUCAGAUGAUACCGAUCCUUUGGCUGCUGCAGUCCAUGCCGGCUGGAUACGAGGUGACUGGGGCGACUCUAUCGACGUUUCCAUGCUUGAAUUGAAUACUGUCAAUGGCACAACAGAUACUAAGCAGACGGAAUAUACCACUCUGCCCUCCUCGCCAUUGCUUCCGCCGGCUAGAAAAGACCUCCAUCUGACAAUACUCAUCCUACCGACCCUCGAAAAUUACACCUCGCACGUAAGCCAUGGUAUCAGGUCUCGACCAUGGGGUAAUGACCACGAUGGUUUGAGCUAUCGUAUCGAAAAGAUUGCCUGGGUGGACGAGAAGGCUUCACAAGGCGAGGAGAGAGGCGGUGAAGCGAGGAGGAAGCGGUUGAGGAUGACCACUGGAAAGGGUAACGGGCCGGCUUUACGUCUUGGAUUAGGCAAAUCUUUGGGCGCGAGCAAAGUUGGAAUGGUAGCAGCAUGA